AAACAUGAUGGAGAAAUCAAGCAGCCAGUACGACUCCUUCCUGUUCUGGAGGCAGCCAAUCCCAGAGCUGGACCUGUCGGAGCUGGAGGAUCUGAUUGGACCGCAGGCGGCCAAUAGCGGCAAAGGAAAGGACAAGAUGUUCAAACGGAGGAAUCAGGACGAAGCGGAGGAAUUCUCUGAGUUCUCCUCCUUUAACUUCUGGAGAGCUCCUCUCUGUGACGUCGACGCUCUGCUGGCCGACCUCAACCUGCGGCUCUGA